AUGUCCGUCCUAAACGGCUCUUUCCUGGAAUCCGCGGACAACCUCAUCUUUUCAUUCCAGUGGUUUGUGUCAGCGUCGGAGAACUUCACUGCUUCCUUCAUACCUGCACCUUCCGCCAUGCUUUCAAUGGGCCUCCAAGCCCUCCUUUCCGGCGCUUGGCUGCUGCCGGCUGUCUAUGGUGCCAGUAGCUCUUUGAGCUCAUCAGCUACCACGACCAGCGGCUAUAGCCAGUAUACCCUCCCUGCCAAUGUCGAUAUUGGUGCCAACUUAAUCGCCAAUAUUGAUGACCCUGAAGCUGUGAACGCACAGUCGGUGUGCCCGGGCUAUAAAGCUUCAAACGUGAAGAAUACGACCCAGGGAGUGACCGCGACGUUGACUCUUGCGGGAAAACCCUGCAACGUCUACGGAACAGAUGUCGAGUCGCUCAAUCUAUCCAUCGAAUACUUGGCGUCGGACCGCUUGAGUGUUCAAAUCACGCCUACCCAUGUCGAUUCUUCGAAUGCUUCGUGGUACCUCAUCCCCGAGGAUCUUGUUCCACGGGCCAAGGCCGACUCCCAUGCUUCCUUCCACCACGAUCUCGAAAUCCAAUGGUCCAACUCCCCAUCUUUUGGCUUCAAGGUGACCCGCAAGGCCACUGGAGAUGUCUUGUUUGACACGACUGGCUCUGUACUGGUUUUCGAGAACCAGUUUGUGGAGUUUGUCACUGCUCUGCCCAGUGACUACAAUCUUUACGGAAUCGGAGAGCACAUCCAGCAGCUUCGCCUUCUGGAAAAUGCUACCCUUACUAUUUAUGCUUCAGACCAAGGUGACCCUAUUGACCAAAACAUUUACGGCAGUCACCCCUUCUACUUGGAUACCCGCUACUACGAAGUCAACAGCCAUGGCAAGCACAUUCCCGUGGCGAGCGAUGAGGCUGAUCAGUCAAAGGACUAUGUCUCGUACUCGCAUGGGGUCUUCUUCCGGAAUGCCCAUGGUCAAGAGGUUCUUACUUCGCCUAAGAACCUGACUUGGCGCACUCUCGGUGGAAGCGUCGAUCUGACUUUCUACGCCGGUCCCUCCCAGGCUGAUGUUACGAAGAAUUACUUGAUCAGCACUGUUGGUCUUCCUGCGAUGCAGCAGUACUACACCCUGGGGUACCACCAGUGCCGUUGGGGAUACAACAACUGGUCUGACAUGGUCAAUGUUCUUGAUAAUUUCGAGAAAUUUGAGAUUCCCCUGGAAACUCUUUGGAAUGACAUUGAUUACAUGCAUGCAUGGCGCAAUUUCGAAAACGACCCCAACCGAUUCCCUUACGACGAAGGUGCGGAAUUUUUGGAGAGGGUUCACAAAGGUGGUCGUCAUUACGUUCUAAUUGUCGACUCGGCUCUCUACAUCCCCAACCCAAACAAUGCUAGUGAUGCGUAUGAGCCAUAUACUCGAGGGGCCAAGGAUGACGUUUUCUUGAAGAACCCCGAUGGAACUACUUACAUUGGCGCCGUCUGGCCUGGUUAUACGGUCUUCCCCGAUUGGCAGAGUCCUAAGGCCAAUGCUUUCUGGGCUAAGGAGCUUAUGGAAUACUACAAGAAUAUUGCGUACGAUGGAAUCUGGAUUGAUAUGAGCGAGGUUUCGUCUUUCUGUGUCGGGAGCUGUGGGAGUGGCAAGCUGCACCUGAACCCCGUUACGUCGGGCUUCGACUCUGCUGGCAAGCCGGGUAACAUGAUUUUCGAUUACCCCGAGGGCUUCAACAAGACCAAUGCUACCGAGGCUGCUGCUGCCUCUUCUGGAGCUUCUAGCCAGGCAGCAGCCUCUUCGGCCACUGCUGCACCUUCUGCUACCUCAACUACCCCUUACCUGCGAACAACUCCUACUCCUGGUGUGCGCAACAUCAACCAUCCUCCCUAUGUCAUCAACCAUGAUCAGACUGGUCACGAUCUGGCUGUGCACGCAGUCUCCCCCAACGCAACGCACGCCAACGGUGUGCAGGAGUACGAUGUGCACAAUCUGUUCGGGUAUCAGAUCUUGAAUGCUACCUACCACGGUCUUCGAGAGGUUGCCCCCGACAAGCGACCAUUCAUCAUUGGCCGCUCUACGUUCGCGGGUGCGGGCAAAUGGGCGGGCCACUGGGGUGGUGACAACUAUUCUCUGUGGGCAUACAUGUUUUUCUCGAUCCCCCAGGCGCUGUCAUUCUCCCUUUUUGGUAUCCCUAUGUUCGGUGUCGACACCUGCGGGUUUCAAGGAAACGCGGACGAGGAGCUCUGCAACCGCUGGAUGCAGCUGUCUGCGUUUUUCCCAUUCUACCGCAACCACAACACCCUUGGCGCUGCUUCCCAAGAGCCCUACGUGUGGUCUUCCGUCAUAGACGCCACCAAGACGGCCAUGAAGAUUCGCUACGCCAUCCUACCUUAUUUCUACACCCUCUUCCACCAAGCCCACACCACCGGCUCCACCGUCAUGCGUGCGUUGGCCUGGGAAUUCCCCACAGACCCCUCUCUCGCCGCCGUCGACACCCAGUUCCUCCUCGGUCCCUCUCUGAUGGUCAUUCCCGUGCUCGCCCAGGGUGCGACUUCCGUCAAGGGUGUCUUCCCCGGUGUCAAGCAUGGAGAGCGCUGGUACGACUGGUACAACCAGACCGCCGUCAUUGCCCAGCCUGGUGUGAACACCACUAUCGAUGCUCCGCUCGGCCACAUCCCGGUCUACGUGCGUGGUGGCUCCAUCCUGCCUAUGCAGGAACCAGCUCUGACGACCCGUGACUCGCGUGCAUCGGACUGGUCGCUUCUUACCGCUCUCAGCUCCAAGGGUGCUGCUACCGGUAACUUAUAUCUGGAUGAUGGUGAGAGCCAAUCGCCUAACGCUACUCUGACCGUCUUAUUCAAGGCUAAUGGCUCGAGCCUGAGUGCUUUGGCUCGCGGCUCGUGGAAGGAGGCUAACCCUCUGGCGAAUGUGACCGUGCUGGGUGUUCAUAAUGCUCCUGGUUCUGUGACCCUGAACGGCCACGCUGUGCCUUCUUCAUCUGUCAACUAUGACUCGGAGACGCAGGUUCUGGCUGUUACUGGCUUGCAGAAUCUUACUUCAAGCGGUGCCUUUGCAAGGAACUGGGUUCUGAAGUGGUAG